AAAAGGAUUGAAGAAAGAAGAAAGAUCCAAUCUUUCGUGUCUUGUUAUCGCUGUUAUUGCAGAAAGUGAAAGAAUUUGUUACAAAGAAGAAAACCCAGAAAGGAUAGAUCCAACUUCAUUAGCCCCCCUGUAGAAUCAGACAUAUUUCAGUCUCUAAGUUAUUGGUUUUGAUCAGAAGAGAAAGGAGUUGGUGGAAUUUGAGUGAAUGGAAAAAUGGAUUUCUGGCCGGAGUUUCUUGCGAGUAGUUGGGGAAGAGAAUUUGUGGCAGGAGGCUUUGGAGGCAUUGCAGGUAUAAUAUCUGGGUAUCCACUUGAUACAGUUAGAAUCUUGCAGCAGAAUUCAAAGGGUGGCUCUGCCUGUAACAUUCUUCGCAAUGUCAUCUCUAAAGAAGGCCCUACCGCCCUUUACAAGGGCAUGGCUGCCCCCUUGGCUUCCAUCACAUUUCAGAAUGCUAUGGUUUUCCAGUCAUACGCCAUUCUCUCUCGGGUUCUCGAUACAUCGCUGUCGACUAAAGAUCCUCCUUCUUACAAAGGUGUUGCUCUAGGAGGAUUCGGCGCAGGUGCUUUGCAGAGUCUAAUCCUCAGCCCAGUAGAACUCAUAAAAAUCCGGCUGCAACUGCAAACCAGAAUACAAAAAGGCCCCAGGGAAGUUGCCAAAAGCAUAAUGAAAGCAGAAGGGUUCAGAGGACUAUUUAGAGGCCUCGGCAUUACUAUUCUCAGGGAUGCACCAGCUCAUGGUUUGUACUUUUGGACUUACGAGUAUACGAGAGAGCAGCUGCAUCCUGGCUGUAGAAAAUCCGGUGAAGAAAGCUUACACACAAUGUUGAUAGCGGGAGGGCUAGCAGGAGUAGCUAGCUGGAUUUCUUGUUAUCCCUUGGAUGUGGUUAAGACCAGAUUACAGGCUCAAUCUACUUACCCUCCAAAAUAUACAGGCAUAGUCGAUUGCUUCAGGAAGAGCGUGAGAGAGGACGGUUAUGCAGUGCUGUGGCGGGGGCUAGGAACUGCGGUUUCUAGAGCAUUUCUGGUGAAUGGGGCUAUUUUUGCUGCUUAUGAGAUUGCUCUGAGGUGCCUUUUCAGCAAUGGAAGCAUUGCAGAAGAGAAUGUGAUGCCUGCAAGAGAAUGAAUUUACCUGCAGCCAGUUAAAUUGUCAUACAAUUUUUUUAGCUACAGAACCCAUUUAUGAGCAAGAACCUUGUGUGAUCGACACCAUUAUUUUUGCUGCACAACUUGACUUUUUUACCAA